AUGUGCAUAAGAACGCGUGUGAGCGCAGGAAAGCCAUGCGAUGCAGAGGCGGCCUCCUCUGAGGGCAGCACGGCCAUGUCGACGAAACCUGUGCCUUUGCGCGCCUGGCUAGGCACGGACAUCGACAUGCCAUCUGUGGGAGCAUGCUCUCGGGUCCGCACCACCGGCCCUCCCUUCCGCUCGGUUUUAGCCUCCGAUCACUGCGAUCUGCAGACCGCUCACUCACCCGCAGACAGUAGAUACGCGGAAGAUCUGUCAUUGAAGAUGUUCGAGGCAGUGCUGCAGCCACUGCUGUUGACGCAAAGCCUGCAUUGUUGA